UCAUCUUCUCUGUAGUAUUUUUAAUCGUUUCUAUUAAAGAGUUCAAGAAUCGCGAUUUGAAUAACCCCGGAAAAGUGGCACGGCGACCGGUCUUUUCGAGAACUGCAGGGCUAACCAAAGUUUCUUGGUAAAGUCAUGGCGUUGGUCUCAGCUCGAGCGAUUUUCAGCCCCGCUCUGCGGCAUGCUGUUAAGCAGAUCAUUUUUGGCAGGCAGCUUGCCAAAUCAAGGCAAAGUCAUCUUAACUAUCGGCUCUUUUUGCCUUCUGUGACCCCCCAACGAUUCUAUGCAGAGAAAAAAAUAUUCUCUCGAGAUAAACCUCAUUGUAACAUAGGGACUAUCGGUCACGUAGAUCAUGGAAAAACGACACUCACUGCUGCAAUUACAAAAGUUCUUGCCGACAAGAAGCUUGCAACAGCAAAAGGUUACAGCGAAAUUGACAAUGCACCCGAGGAGAAAGCUAGAGGGAUUACCAUCAAUGUUGCACAUAUAGAAUAUCAGACGGAAAGUCGUCAUUAUGGUCACGUAGAUUGCCCUGGUCAUGCAGAUUAUAUUAAAAAUAUGAUUACGGGAACAUCAGCUAUGGAUGGAGCUAUUUUGGUAGUUGCUGCUACCGAUGGGAGCAUGCCACAAACUAGGGAGCAUUUGUUGCUCGCAAAACAAAUUGGAGUUGAGCACAUUGUAGUCUUUAUCAACAAGAUUGAUGCAGCUGAUACUGAAAUGGUAGAAUUGGUAGAGAUGGAAAUAAAAGAACUAUUGGGUGAAAUGGGAUUUGAUGCAGAAAACAUCCCUGUCGUAAAAGGCAGUGCACUGAGCGCACUGCAGGGUAAAGACCCUGAAAUUGGCAGUAAAGCCGUUUUCGAGCUCUUGGAUGCUGUUGACAAGUAUAUUCCAACUCCUGUUCGAGAUCUGGAUAAGCCUUUUUUACUGCCAGUUGAGAGCGUGUACUCAAUCCCUGGCCGAGGAACCGUUGUCACUGGAAAGUUAGAGCGUGGUACUUUGAAGAAGGGUACCGACUGCGAAUUCAUAGGAUUUAAUAAACAGUUUAAGAGCACUGUCACUGGUGUUGAAAUGUUCCACCAAGUUUUGGAAGAAGCACAGGCUGGUGACCAACUCGGAGCCUUGGUUCGAGGGCUGAAACGAGACGACAUCAGGCGAGGUAUGAUCAUGUGCAAACCUGGAAGUGUCAAGGCCUAUGAUCACGUUGAUGCUCAGACCUACGUACUCAGUGCCGAGGAAGGUGGCAGGAAAAAGCCUUUUUCGAAUUACAUACAGUUGCAGAUGUACAGUAAAACAUGGGAUUGUCCUGCGUCUGUUUGCAUUGUCGAUAGGGAUCUGGUCAUGCCUGGAGAAGACUGCAAGUUGAAUUUGAAGCUUUUUAAGCCGAUGGUUUGUGAGAAGGGACAGCGGUUCACAUUGAGAGACGGAAAUUGUACCCUGGGUACUGGAGUAAUUACAAAUGUCCAUCCAAGGCUCUCGAAAGAGGAGAGAGUCAGUUUGUUGGAGGGCAAGAAGAAGUUGAAAGAGGCAGUGCAACAGAACUAAAUUUAUGAAGCCCGUUUAAUAUUCCUUUCGAAAUUAGGAACCAUCUGCAGAACGUCAAAGAUGACUUGUACUAUGGGAAAGCAAAGAUAUUCUGGUUGUUCUGGUGGCUUUUGAUCACUGAAAUCAGAUUUCUAUUCCUCGACAUCUUCAAGUUUGUUACCAGUGAUUGUUAUAAUUAUCGAACUUUACAGUGACAACUUGCAUUUCCUACUUUACUUCAUUAGUAUAGUCACACUCAUGCUGGUGUUCUUAAGAAUUAAGAUUACAACCCACUUCUUAUCGUAGAUUAACUCUUGUAAUAAAAAUGUCGUUACCUUUAACCACUCACGUAUCUGCACGAAUGAUUUCCUCUACGUUUGUCGCUUUUCGUAACUUUAAAGGGAAUUAUGAAAUACAUGGAUAGUAAAACGUG